AAAUACCCCAUGAAUGGGAGCUUGUACAAUGUAAUGGUGAGGAGAGUCCUAAUGAGAAUUGAGAGGGCUUGGACAUUAGCCUAAAAAGUCCCGUGGUUUUCUCCCUUUCGGGUUUCCACGUAAAAACUGAGUUGUUCAUACACAUUUAUACAUAUAUAUUUACUAUAUCGUUUUGGAUUAAACUCAACACUGGCGCCGUCUGUGGGAAUCUGUCCAAAAAGAUUCAUAUGUUCUACCCAAAUUUCAUACGCAAAACAACUGAUUUUCGACUCGGAAGAGGAGGAAAAAUGGAUCUGAAGCCGACAGAUGCAAAAUAUAUUUCCAGAACACUUUUCUAUGGGAAUUAAAGCAAAGGCUUUUAAGUGAUGUCAAAUCACAACUAAUCCACUGUAACGUGUGGUGGUGUGCAAGGUGUAGAGGGCCACAUCACGUGUGGGCCAACAGCCAUACCAUCAAAGAACUUACGGAGUAUUCCAUACAUGUUAAUACGACGUGCGGGAAAAGGGAAGAGAUUGCAUGGAUAGGGCACCCAUCCGACCUGCUGUUGGCACAAAAGGAGAAGUCCUGCGGGCAUCCAAAACGCCAACUAAGGACCCGUUCGUCCUGGAGUGUACUGCUGAAGCUCGUUCGGGCAGGCCGAGUGGGAGUGAUGCUAGGUCCCGAUCUAAGUCUGUCAGCCGUUAAAUGGAUUGCAACUCCGGCCGAGUGGGAGUUGCUGAAGCUCGUUCGGCUCACUGUCCGCGGCACGCUCUGGAUACUCCGGAAUAAGGGCCGCUCGUCCGACUUUCCCAAAUACUCAGGCUGUUGCAGACCACUCAGGAAAUUCCGAUCACACCAAAACGAAGAUCACCGGCCGGACUGAGUUCCAUUCCAUCAAUUACAGCCUCUCUUGUUGGUGAUGAGAUCACCACUCUGCUCUUGGACCAGCCUCGGCUCAUACACACGUCAGGGUUGGCUGGACGCAGGCUCUCACCGCCGCUCGGCCUCCAGGGCAGUUCCAGGUGCGCAAUUUCAAGGAGGCUGGGCAAUGGGGGGACCACCUCGACUCCUCCUGGACACGGCUCUAACUGGCCGGAUUGCCGUCCGGGUUUGUGAGAAGAUGAACGGAAUAAGCCUCGGCGCAAACGACAGGCCACCGCAGAGGCAUCUCAAUUGCACGAAGCACGAUCCUUUUGCUGCCGCGGGGAAAGGAAAGGCACAGCUGAUUAAUUUACUCGCAGCUCGUCCGAAGCCAAACCCACACCAAAAUGUCCCAGAGUGAGACCAAGCCGUUGGUAGUUUAUAUGAUCCUAAGCAGACCACUUGGCAAGAUUGAGCCAAAUAACGGAAGCCCAAUUUCCUUAGGGAAAUUUUGACUAAGUCAAAAUCGGGAAAGAGAGCUCAAUCUCAUUUCACCUAAAUACUAGCUGGCCGAACGUCUCCAUCAUUCUAAAAGUUCCAGCUAGACAGAGGAAGAGCGCAAGCAAGAGUAUACUUUCUCGAGCAGAUUCGCACGCUCACUACUCAAGAAACUGGGGGACUUGUGUUGGGAUAUAUUAUCCCGACCUAUUACUGUUCAGGAGCCCAAGACAUUAUCCAGUACGGAGCCCGAGCAGCUAGGCCCAUUUCAGCCCAUUAGGCCCAAUAUUGGCCCGUUUGGCCCAUUAGGGUGGAGAGCACCCUUCCCCCUUUGUCUAUAAAUAGGGAGCUUAGCCUCCAUGUAAAGGAUCCCUUUUUAGCUCUCCUUCCUCCUUUCUUUUAGACUUAGCUCAAAUACCCCAUGAAUGGGAGCUUGUACAAUGUAAUGGUGAGGAGAGUCCUAAUGAGAAUUGAGAGGGCUUGGACAUUAGCCUAAAAAGUCCCG